CGCCGUGAACGCGUUACCUGAGAGAGGAUGGUCGGAGAUGGGGCAGGGCUGCUCGCAGGUAGAGUGUAGCGUUUUCACAGGAAGAGCAGUGCGGAAUGUAGCCCAGCUGGAGAAACUCGUUGGACCUGUUCCCCAAACACCGCUUCCUCUGACUUCCAGUGAAAUAUAUUUACACUUGGGAGGGGAUGAACAGAGCCGUGUUGUAACUUCGCUGUGAAGGUGUCGUUUCUGUCCCCCCGUUUUAUUGUCUGCAGAUGAAGAGUCGCACCUGGGUGUUUUGACAUUUGAAGAAGGAGGGGAAAAAGGUUUUCUAACACUUGGAAACAUACCUGCCAAUCUUUUUUUUUUUUUUUUUUUUGAAGACUCACAUUCAGCUGCUCUUCACAUUGUUUAUGGUGCCAAAGGAUUCGAAAGCAUCACAUUUACGUACAGAUUUUUGACUUUUUUUUUUCCUCUCCUCCUCCUUCCCCCUCCAUGGCCAUGGGCACUUGUCCAGCUGUCUGUAAGUUCAGUCGAAAGGGCAAAUAUUUCCUCAUUCUGCUGCUGUCUUUCUUUGUUCUGGCCUGGAUCGCGAAUGUUGCCAGUGACUUUGUGCGCGAUGCUCCAAGCGCUCUGUGGCCCCUCGUCCUGGAGCAGCCCGAGGAAGGAGAAUCGCACCAACCUGCUCAUUCACACGUCCUGUCCUCAGCCACUCGUCAGUGCUCCCUGCCCUCUCCACUUCUCAUGGGAUCGCUGCCGCUGUCCUUCCCGUCCUCCCUGACCCUGAAGGACGUGGAGACAAAGAACAGCAAGGUGGCCGAGGGUAAAUUUGAGCCGGAGGAGUGCCGAGCCAGGCAGAGCGUCGCUGUCCUCAUUCCUCACCGCAACCGCGAGAAGCACCUUCUAUACCUGCUGUACCAUCUGCACCCGUUUCUGCAGAGGCAGCAGCUGCACUACGCCAUCUACGUGAUCCAUCAGGCUGGAAAUGCCAUGUUCAACCGAGCCAAGCUGCUGAACGUCGGCUACCUGGAAGCUUUGAAGGAUUACAGCUGGGAUUGUUUUAUUUUUCACGAUGUGGACCUCUUGCCUGAGAAUGACCACAACCUCUACAUGUGUGAGCACUAUCCCAAACAUCUCGUGGUUGGCAGGAACGUGACCGGCUAUAAAUUGCGGUACAAAGGAUAUUUUGGAGGGGUGACAGCAAUGAGGAAGGAGCAGUUCCUUAAAGUGAACGGGUUUUCCAACAAUUACUGGGGAUGGGGUGGAGAGGACGACGAUCUUCGCGUUCGGGUGGAACUUCAGCGCAUGAAGAUUUUGCGUCCACCUCCAAGAGUGGCUCGAUACACAAUGAUCUUCCACAAGAGAGACAAUGGAAAUGAAGUUAAUAAAGACAGGAUGCGUCUGCUGGGACAGACGCGAAAAGUGUGGAAGAAUGACGGACUGAACACCUGCUCUUACGAGACUCUGUCGGUUGAGCGCGCUGCACUUUACGUAAACGUUACGGUGGACGUUGGUUUGCCCGGCUCCUGAGAGUACCUCGGGGGGACACGCGCCGGCCAUUCAAACACUGUGUGCAUGGGACGCUAUCAGCAGGACAGGUGCCUGUUGAGAGCUAGGAAGGAACAGAGAUCUGCUGAAACAUGGGGGAUGAUGAUGCUCGCCAUACAUGCAUUGAUGAAUCUGACUGAGCUUUGAAUUUUUUUUUUUUUUUUAAAUCGUUGAACUGUCUGACAAGUUUAGGAAGUUUUCCACGUUUGAAGGAAGUAGCGUGUCAUGUCCCACUCAGCAGGAAGGACUUGAAAGAAAGCCUUCAAACUUUUCGUUCCAUUUCACCAAUCAGAAGGAUGCUGAUUGAUACAUGAAUGUAGAUCUCUGAAAUAUUUGUUAAUGUUUUUAUAAAAAAAUAAUUUUUCCAACACUAGAUGAGGAAAUGUAGUUGACACAUACAUUUAUGGAAGGCAAGUUUAUACUUUAAUAUUUGUACAGUUUGAAUUUUUCUUUAUUCAACGUAAAAUUACAUUUUUAAAAUAAGCUUUUUAAUUGUUUGGGUGAGUGUAGGUUUUAUUAUGAAUCUUUAAGCUGUUUGAUCCUAGGUUAGUGUGCACUUGGAUGUCCUGCAGUUGACAGACGGUUCUUACUAAUGUCUUGUCCAAAUGACAUUGCAGUCUUGUUGAAGGUGUAAAAACAGUACCAGAACUGAAAUUUACCUAUAUCUCUGGCUACAUGCAUCAUUAUAGAUGUUUUUAUUUAAUAAAAAAAACCUAUAUAAAACAUUUUAAGGUUGAGAGCAGAUGGCACAGAACACUGAGGCCUACAGGUUGAGAAUAACAGUGCAGUACUAUAGUAUAGUUUUGAUAUAAUAUACUGAGUUCUUUAAUACAACAUAGUAUGGGCUUUACUUCAAUUCUGUAUAUUACCGUAGUGUUCUAUAGGUUACUGUAGUAUGCCAAGGGAGAUUACAGUAAUUAAUGUAGUUUUCUGAUAUACUACAAUAUUACAUUACUGCGGUACUUUGCUGGCAUGAUGCCUACUGU